AUGGCUGAGUCGGAUACUAUUCAGGUGUUCGUCCCACAGAGGCAUCAGAACCGGCCCGUCACCAGGCAACUUACUGUGGACGAGGCUCUGCAAUUCACACCCUUGACUACCUCGGUUCUGCCUGCUCAUGACCGUAUACCUAUUCCACAACUUAGUCACUCGUACAAUUUUCGCCUUACAAGCCAUGCUGAACGCCAGUCCGUCUAUCGAACUGAGUUCUGCAAUCCGAAAGUCAGGGAGAGGCUAGCAGUGUUAUUGGAUCCAAGCAGACUCUCCGAGAUGUAUGACCAGAGCCGUUCCCAGUCAUACAGGCCGUAUCUAAUCAGAAACAGCAAAUUCAAGCGAUCCCCAGUUAGAGGUGAAUCAAAAGCGAAACUCGAUCUCAAUCCUAUGCAAAAGAUGGUCCUUCAAAAGACCAAAAUUGACUAUGCCUACCCAUCCUUCACCCCCAUCAAGAUCGACGAUGCCUAUCCAUCAGUGAAGUCUUAUCAGAAGAGACCAACACCAAAGUCAAAUCUUGAUAAAGUUUUUUCGAGCACUCCUCUCAAUCCCAAUUUGGCCGUCGAGAUUCCUCAAAUGCCGCCGGCAUUCCGUAGGGAGGAGUAUGCGGCCUUGCCCAAAUCUCCCAAGCGGCGCAAACUGAACGAGUCCAACAUGAACGGGAACGUUGCUCUGACAGUCAGCUCAAAGAAGGAGAAAGAUGAUUUCCUUUUGACGUCUUUUGAGAACCAGCUUUUGGAGAUAUUUGAAGCACAAGAUCGGCUUGCGCCUGACACAUCUACCACAGCCACCAAUCACGACAGGACUGUGUUCGAUUUCCUUGAUGAGGAUGAUGAUUCAGAACCACGUCUUUCAGUAGCAAGCCACGAGAAGUUGCAAGCCACGCUAAGUCAUCUGGUCACCUCGGCCCGAUUGAUCGACGCCUCACCUGAGUAUCUAAGACGCCUUCAAGUGCUCUGCGAGCCUGCAAUUGAAGCAGCACAGACUGUCAAUUUGCGAACUCAACCUGAUCAAACAGAGGAGGACAUCAAAGUUUGGCUAAAUCGACUUCACAAGGCAGAAAGUGGCGCUGCUUCUGCUUGCACCUUCAUCUAUAUUGCACUGGGUAAUCCUCAAAAAGAAGAACUCGUUAACCUCGAAGUCCUGCAAUGGCUACCGAACAUAUUGGUCAACGUCUUUGAGAAUUGCCUUAUUCCUAUUGUUGAGUCCCGAGUAGAAGGACAGGAUAGCCAUUUAUUCCAAUUAGCAUAUCGAAACAGUGAUGCAGUAAAGAGGCUUCUCGAUUCUGGACGAAAGCUAUUGGACCUCGUCGCAAGAGUCUGCAUUCAAAUCAAAGGUGCUGGGUCCAUCGUUAACUCAACCGAUUUCAUGGCUUCCAAGCUCAUUUUCGUCCAAAAUGCUUACAACGACAAAACAUCCGCAAUAGGAUCCCAAACUUAUGAGCGCGUUCGAAAACAGGCCAUGGCAGCCUUGGCCAAGCUCUACGCAGCAUUUCCAUCAGAGAGAAACGCCAUCCUAGACGAGAUUUUGACCUCGCUAGACAAAUUGCCAUCCAACAGCAGAAGCGCUAGGCAAUAUAAGCUUGGCAACGGCAAAAGCAUCCAGCUUGUCUCUGCUCUUUUUAUGCAGCUGGUACAAACCCCAGCAAUGUCAAUCAGCAAGAAGCAAAGUCUGAAGAAGAGCCGCUAUCAGAGUAAGCGGACUGAUGGUUCUGAUAGCUCUGACAAUGAUUCAGCAAGUGAUUCGGAAGCCGACGAAGAUCUCAUGACCAACAAUCACGAUGAUCCAUUGUCGAAACUCGGCAGUCUUGCCGAGUCACUCUUCGAUGAUGCGUUCAGAAGCGCCCAACACAUCGUUGGCUGGAUGGUUGAUAAAGCUUCGAAAGUGACUAAAACAGGGGAUUCACCCUACAGGAACAUCCUUGAUCUUUUCGUUGAAGAUCUGACGAUAGUGCUUCCAUCUACAGAUUGGCCGGCAUCAGAAUUACUUCUUACGGUUCUCGCCGUCCGUAUGAUCAGUCUUGCCAAGAAUGAUAGGGCUGCCUCCACGAAGAACAUGGCAUUGGAAUCGUUGGGAGUGAUGGGAUCCGCUAUUUCUGUGACGAGGGCAUCCGCUAGAAGUUCUCUAGCAUCAAUUAUCCACACAGGAGAGUCAGGCCCUUCUCUGAUUGCUCGGGACCUAUCGGAUCUUGUGAAGGACCGAGCCCAUUUUCUUCUUCAAAACGAUGAGCUUAUCCUGAACAACGGCCCAUAUUCAAUUAUUCGCUCUUACUUGAGUUCGAAGGGAGGUGAAAGUCUGAGAACACGAUCUGCAAGAGCAUACUUCCUUGUCCAGUAUGCUGCAAUGGUCGCUCGAACUCUUAAAGGGUGCACUAAACAAGGAGAUGAAGGAAAACAAGUAUUGACGCUCGACACUACCGUUGACUCACUUCUUCAACAGCUUUCCGAACCUGACGAACCGGGGGCUGCCUACAAGGAUGACCGAGCCGUGACGAGUCAGGAAGCCCAAUUAGCCUACAUGCUUUGCAUUCUUAAUAUGCGGUUUUGUCGACGGUUCCCGGAGAUUGCGAAAACUCUUGCCUCAUCACUUUCCAGCGAUCAAGCUCAGGUUCGGAGUCGUAGCUUGAAGAGUGUUGUCACGAUUUUGGAAACCGACUCAAGUCUGCUAGAUUGGGACCCUACAAUUGCGGAUGAUGUCUUCAAAUGCGCAUCAGAUGAUUCGUCUUUGGUUCGGGAUUCAGCAUUGUCUCUGAUUGCCAAGUUCAUCGUACCCAGGCCAGCGCUUGAACAAAAGGCUUUCAAACGGCUGCUGGCGUGCGCUGGAGACGGCAAUGUUGGUGUACAGAAACGUGCUAUCGGACACCUUAAAGAUAUCUAUCUGAAAGAGUCUAGGAUCAACGUAAGAACAACUAUUGCCACGGAAUUCCUACGACGAACCUCAGAUCUUGAGGCAUCGGUCGCUGAAUUGGCAAGCAAGACAUUGACCGAUAUCUGGAUCGUUCCUAAGUUGGCCCUUUUGGCGUCCUCAAGCGAAUCAGCUCAUGCGGAAGUCGCUAUUGAUGACCUGAAGGCACAUAUCGUCUCAUGUGUGAAUCAAGACACUAUAGGCUUGGGUCCUAUGCUAAAGAACUUUCUGGUCUGGAAAUUGAAGAAUUCCAAACAUGCCGAUCAGGUACGACAUCUUUAUGCUCGGAUCGUCAAAAAUCUCCUAGAUAUGGCAAACGCCUCGGAGGCGGGACCAGCGGACUUGACGACCCUUGUGGCCUUUGCAGAAGCCCGCCCUCAAACGAUCGUUCCUGGAGACUUAGCAAGCUUGAAAAGCUAUUUGAAGGACUUAUCACAGUCUGACGAUCUUUUGAAGUUUAGGUCUGUCGUGACGAUCUUUCGUUGCGUUCUACCCCACCUGUCAAGUACACAGAGCCAGUUGUUGCUAGAUGUUCAGCUUGAUCUCAUGAAGGCCGGUCCCAAGGUGGUUCGACGUGAGGACCUGGAAGAAGUCAUGUCCUGCUUGAGAAGCAUUGAUGGAGUAUUGCACAACACAGCUAAACUUGUAGCCUUCGCGAUUUCAAUCCUCCAGCAUGUUCUUCGACCUCAACUUCCAGCCCAAGUUCGGGAGAAGCUGCUAAAGGAGAAUCCAAAAGAGGUGACCAUUAGAGAAAACGCCACACGCGCCAAGAUGUUGCGAUUGAUCGGGACCAUCACUAAAUAUAUCGACUUUGAACAGCACCCUAGCGAAUUCCGACAGAAGUUCCCCAGUUUCAAAAGCGGAUCUGUCGCGGGAUUCAUCGCAGAUUCCGUCGUGCCGUAUACCUUCAAAGAUGUCCCGAUUGAAGUGAGAUCCAAAGCCUUGGAGAGUCUGGGCUCGAUAUGUCAAGCGUGGCCAGGACAAUUCAUUAAAAAACAUAUUCGGGAAACUUUUUUCCAAAUUCUCGACGGCGCUUUGCUCAAGUCUGUUUCAGAGAACGACAUAAUGAAAAUGCAGCUUGUGGUAUUGGGUACUUUUCAAGAACUUUACGCAACCCGUGCUGGUGCUAAGGCGGAGACCGACAAGGGCGAGGGGCAGAGCGAGGUGCAAGCUCUCAAGAAUAUUGGUGGAACGAGCAAAGCCCGCGAAGAUGAUAGUGCAAUCUCAACCAUCACCAACCCGCUGGUUGACCACCUUCUACGCAUUGCAAUGUCGGAGAAAGGAGAGAAGGCAUUCCUUGCGGCUCAAACCCUUGCGAGCGUCGAUCAUCAAGGCAUGACGCAUCCAAAGCAAAGUACAGCAGCGUUUGUCGCGCUGGAGACGAGUCCAGAAUCACGAGUUGCCAGUGUGGCCAGGAUCGCUCAUGAAUAUCUACAUCAACAACAUGAAUCUGUCUGUGAAAGAGAGUACAUUCAUGCCGUAUAUGAAGCAUUUCGAUACCAGAAUGAGGUGUUCCAAGAUCCACAGGGUGCCACGGUCCCAGGAUUUAAAGCAAAACUUUCAGCAGCAUUUACUAUCAUCAGCACCAGUGGAUCGAAAUAUGUCAAAAAGUUUCUUAGCAGUCUGGUCUCGAAACUCAAUACCGAGUAUUCGAAGUUGAAUGUCGAGAACAUGGAAGUUCCUUCGCACCUACUAUUUGUGCUUUUUGUAACCCAAAACAUGGCAUUCUUCGAGUACAAGAAGAUGGAUGAGUUGUUGCACACCGUGCUGCAACUGGAGCUGGCUUUUGGCAAGAAUGGAGGGGAGUUGGCUCAAGUUAUUGAAGCUCUUGUUCCACCAGAGGCAAAACCGACCGAAGUCAAUGGAGAGCUCGAUGCUGUGAUUCAGCCCAGUGAACACAAGCCAGAACCACAGGUCGACCCUGCGCUACUCAGGCAACUUUGUGUAGCAGCAUGCGCAAUCACACUGGUCUCUGAGGCAAGAAAUUUCUUGAAACGACAAUACGGUAUUUCGCGGGAUGUCAAGGUGGCGAUGCAACAAAACAAACACACCAAGGAAGCGACAAAAGAGCCGGUGAAAGUGCACGGCAUUACAGGAGAUCGAUUUUGGACCAAUAGCAACGCAGUCUUGGCAUCGUUGGAGAGCACCGAGACAAUGAUGGCGAGAUGCAAGGAGUUUGUCAUGUUGGUAGCGAUUGACGACGAGGUCAAGAUUGCAGAAGAUGAGAGCGAAGCGUAUGUAGUAGAAAAUGGGUUUGACGCAUCAUUGAGUGCGCCCCGUGGGAAGAAACGAAAGAGUACAGGGUCGAUUGGAGGCACACCUAAGAGACCUCGUGGAAAGCCACCUAAGAACGGACGACGGUCUUCGAGCAUUUCUUCGAUGGAAGACCCCGAUGCAGAUUUUGCCGGCUGA